GAAGAAUAUGCGCUGGUCUUUCGCCGACUCGCAUGUCCGAAUCGAAGAAGGCGGAUGGACGCGGCAGACGACUAUUCGUGAGCUUCCUACGAGCGUGGAGCUAGCUGGCGUGAACAUGCGAUUGGACGAGGGUGUCAUCCGAGAACUCCACUGGCACAAAGAAGCGGAAUGGGCUUACGUACUAGAGGGAAACGUUCGCAUCACGGCACUAGACCCUGAAGGCGGAAGCUUCGUAGAUGAUCUGGAGAAGGGGGAUCUGUGGUACUUCCCAUCUGGAUAUCCCCAUUCCCUGCAAGGCCUCAGCCCCAACGGCACCGAAUUCCUCCUAAUCUUCGACGACGGUAACUUCUCCGAAGAAUCCACUUUCCUUCUCACGGACUGGCUUGCCCAUACCCCCAAAUCCGUAAUCGGCGAAAACUUCCGCCUCGCCCCAGAAGUCUUCAACGCCCUACCAGCCUCCGAAAAAUACAUUUUCCAAGGCUCCGUUCCGGGCUCCAUCGCCGACGAAAUCCCCAAGAAGGGCUACAAGAAAUCCGCACUCCAGUUCACCCACAAAAUGCUCGCCCAAGAAGCCCUCAACGCCACCGGCGGCACCGUCCGCAUCACCGACAGCACCAACUUCCCCAUCUCCAAAACCGUCGCCGCCGCGCACCUCACCAUCGAACCCAACGCGUUGCGCGAAAUGCACUGGCAUCCCAACGCGGACGAGUGGUCGUUCUUCAUCCGUGGUAGAGCGCGAGUGACCAUCUUUGGGAGUUCGGGGACGGCGCGGACGUUUGAUUAUGGGCCGGGGGAUGUGGGGAUUGUGCCGCGGAAUAUGGGGCAUUUUAUUGAAAAUCUGAGUGAUGAGGAGGAGGUCGAGGUGUUGGAAAUUUUUAGGGCGGAUAAGUUUCAGGAUUUUAGUCUCUUUGAGUGGCUGGGGGAGACCCCGCAGCGGUUGGUACGGGAGCAUUUGUUUAAGGGGAGGGAGGAGGAAGGGAGGAAGUUUGAGGAGGCGAUUAAGGGCGCGGGGGAGGAUCCGAUUAGAGGGGUGCCGGUAGAGGGGAUAGGGGAGUCGGAGAGGGAGCUGUAGAUGUUUCCAUAUACAUUUUACGGUAAGCGCUCGUCCUCUUUGCCUUUACCUUUCCGGAGCUGGGGCUGCUUUUUUGCGUCAUCGAGGUGUCACAAUAGGACCAGAAAUCACAAGUAUUGCAGACCAUGAGUUGGUUGUAUUUACAUUACAAAUUAAUGCUAGCAAAGCGAACCUCCCCCUC